UUAAUAUACUUUCUUCAAGUUCGCACUAAACAAUAACGUUUUGGGAAAUAUUUGUGUUUGUAGAGUGUUGUGUCUCAUGGUGAUCAGUUGAUAGCAUUAUAUUUCUAUAUAAACAACGUGAAUUUCGAAAGAACCAUAUGAAUUUGAUCAUUGCAUUGCAAGGUAUAUGAUGAAAAUAUUCAAUUUUCAUCUAUUACGUAUGUAAUGGCAACUCAUUCCGACGAUGAGAGUUUUGGUGCACCAGAAAAUUUUCACAUCACAACUGAAAACGAUGAUGAUGGUAGCCAUUGGAGUGGUUGCCAAAUAAAAUGUCCACUGUGUAAUUAUUCGCGAAAAUAUUUUAGUUGUCAUAAAUGCAUUAGCAAGGGCAAUUUCGUACAUUCAUCGCAUCAUCUCGCUGAACGAUUCGUUGAAAAACAGAUGAAAUAUGAGAACUUGAAGUCGGUUCAUCGUGCUCAACAGACUGCAUGUCUUCACUUGCUGCAUAAACGGAAACUGGCCGAAGAUUUGCAGUUUGCAAUCAAGCAGAAAAAAGAGAAUAUACUAUUGUUGAAGAAAUUGAUAAGCGAACGUUCUUCCGGAACGAAAACACUGACGGAAAAAUGUGAAACGAUACGGUUGGAAAAUGCAAAAGUCCGUAAACAAAUUCCACAAUAUGUGAAAACAUGUCAACAAUUUGGUGAUUAUAUUGAAAAAACGGAAGAACGAAAUGCAAAAAAGGUUGCAGAACGAACAAAAUUGUUUGAAGAGUUGAAACAAUGUCGCAUUCAAAACAUUCAAAAAUUGAUAAAGUUUAUAUUCCCAUUAUCGCAACGAAUAUCAAAGGGAGAAACAUCAACAGCAAUUAGCACAAAUACAAGCUCAAAAUCGAGCCCAGUUGAAUACAAUGUGACAAACAUUGAUGCACGCAAAAAUGUCAACGAUAUGAAUGCAGCCGAUUCGGGCACAAUUGUUUCAGCCGAAACACUAAAUGCAUUAGCUGAAGCAACGCACACCACAUACAUUCGUGGCCGAUGGGUCCAAGAUAGCCAUGGUGAACUACAACAUGUUAUCAUUGAACCAUCACUUCCAGAUAAUGGCGAUUAUUCAGCGUACAAUGAUUGGGUCGCAACUACAAUAAAGGAUGGUGUACCAAAUCCACCUGGUGCCAGCGAAGCAAUGACCAGUUCAAAUGCUGCUUAUCGCAUCAGUGCUGCCUUGACAUACACAACACAAUUGGUUCAUUUAUUGAGCUACUAUUUGGAUGUUAGAUUGCCGUUCAGAAUAAAUUAUAGUGAUUUUUGUAAAAAAGAAUUGAAUGAACAAUCAUUUUCACGAAAAGUCGCCCGUUUGAAUACAAACAUUUUAUAUUUAUGUUACACACAACAUGUAAAAUUGAAUACAUUGUGGCCGAAUCAUACGCUUGAAAAUAUAUCAAUGUUGUUGAAUUUGGACAUUAGUGAUUUGGGUCGAAUUGGUCCAGUUGAUGUAAACAAUGGUUUCAUUGGCAAACAAAAUAUUCAAUUAAUGCAGAAUUUAAAUGCUGGAAAUACGGACUCUGGUUCAGAUGAUGAAGAUGACGGUGCUUUACCGACCGAAUGGGAAGCUGUUUCACAUCCACAUCAUCAUCCGCCGGAUCUGGCAUUGCCAUCGAUUUCACAAAAUCCACAGCAAACAGCUAGUGUUGCUGGCGGCUUUGUCUCAAGCGCUGUACAAUCCAUAUGGCGAGUUUUAACUACGGGAAAAUAGUUGAAUCACGGAAAAUCCGCCAAUGAUCAUAUUCAGCGAUAAUUAUUUACAAUAAUUAAAUAAGAUUAUUUUUUAACUGAUUUUUCGUUUGUUCAAUCGUUUUUAGCAGUUUUGAUGCUAACGCAAAUUUUUGAAGGGAUAAAUUAAAUAAUUCAUUAAAUCUCUAUUUGAAACAAAAAACAAAAAUAAGUCCUAUUUCGUGUCGGUAACAAUGAUUUUGCCAUUUCACUCAAACAUAUUCGGAGCAAAAACAUAUAUGUUCUUUCAACUGAGAAUCAUCAUUUUCGUACAAUUAAAAUAUAUUUUUUUCUAUGUCGUUUUAUUCCUUUUGUACUUCACUUAAAUAAGAAUUGAAUUAUAACAAAUUUAUAUAUUUUACCUAUUAUUCAUCAGCUUUAGAUUUACGUUAAUUUAACUGAAUGUUUUGCACUAGUUUCCCGAAAUGUUGAUGUUCAUUUGUACAAAAAGAAAGAAAAUUUUUAUGAUAUUUGAAGAAGAAAACUCGACUCCAGAAUCUAAAAGUAAAUGUGUAAAUUAGAAUAGCAUUCUGAUAACAUCCCUGAUAAGUGAAAAAUGUGAAAAUAAAACAAGAGAAUUAUUUUUUUACGAUAA